AUGACUGCAUCUACGGAUGACCAGGACAUUGCAGAAGAUUCCGACAGCCAGAUACAAAUGAUCAACAUAUCGCCAAAAAAGGGAAAACUGUCCGCCGACGUCGAAGUCCAGGGGCACGCUGAGCCAAAGUCAACUUCGGCCUCUCCCAAGAAGUCCAAUUCCAAUUCAUCUCUUUUCCAAGGCCGCGAAGGAACUGUCUAUCACUUCACAUUGAAAGCAUUGGCAGAGAUCAAGAUUCGCUCCAACACGGCAGCUUGA